CUGUGAUUCAUCUGCUACAUUCGGCACAUGUUUUCUGAAAAAACCAUCUGGUGGCGGACACACUGGGCCGGAGGAAGGAAGGUUCGCACACUUCUGACAUCUGGACCUGGUGGUCAAAAGCAGACUGAGCCAUGGAUCAUGUGCUGAGCACUGCCGACAGUUACAUCUUCACUCCGUACGUGUACCCGGCCUCGUGGCCUGCCGACGGGGCUCUGCGUCAGAUACUCAGCCUGUGGGUGGUGACCACCCUGGGAGCAGAGCUGAUUUACCUGGGCUUUGGUGCCCUUAGCUUCUACUAUGUGUUUGACCACAAGCUCAUGAAACAUCCACACUUUAUUAAGAACCAGGUGAGAAAAGAGAUUCACCUAGGAUCUGCCUCCAUCUUCUGGAUGAGCUUCCCCACAGUGGCCCUCUUCUUCUGGGAGAUCAGGGGGCACAGCAAACUUUAUGACAAUAUCAGCGACUCUUCACUGGGCUGGUUUGGGGUGAUCCUGAGCAUUGCAGGUUUCUUGUUCUUUACUGACAUGUGUAUCUACUGGAUACACCGGUCUAUGCACCAUAAGAGCAUUUACAAACACUUACAUAAGCAGCACCAUAUAUUCAAGAUCCCUACGCCUUUUGCCAGCCAUGCCUUCCACCCACUUGACGGCUUCCUGCAGAGCCUACCCUAUCACAUCUACCCUUUCAUCUUCCCCCUCCACAAGGUGGUUUACCUCUCACUCUUUGUCUUUGUCAAUAUCUGGACCAUUUCCAUACAUGAUGGGGAAAACUGCAUCCCAGCCCCCCUGAUAUGUCUGAUCAAUGGUGCUGCUCACCAUGUCGACCAUCACCUCUUCUUCAAUUACAACUACGGACAAUACUUCACGCUCUGGGAUCGUCUGGGGGGCUCUUACCGACAUCCCUCAGUAUCGCUGCAGAAGGGGCCACGUUAGCAAGCUCAUGGCAGAGGAUGCACAAGCACAGUGAUGGUGGGCUUUUUUUCUGGUUGAAACCACGAAGUUCAGCAAGGUUUCCACAGAGCUCGGGUCAUGAUUGGAUUAAGAAAAUGCCAAAUACAGCAGGUAUAAGAGGGACUGACAUUUUCGUUAAAGAUUUCUGUGUAAAAUGGUGAAAUGCACUGCUGAGAGAGUGAAUAAAAAACCAGCAAAGUUGAGGUCUACAUGAUCCAUAUACCAUAUAACAUAGGUAAAGUACAGGUGUUUAUAUCAAUGCGGGUAAACUAGUUUUAGAAACGCCACUAAAUAUAACACUAUAUAGCAGCACUACAAAUGACAGCGUCUAAAAUGACCAUAAAGCUCAACACCCUCAAGAACAUCUCAAUUUUUGACAGUUUUGACAAAAAUUGAUGGUUUCAACCUUCAUGAAAGAAGGAUUUAUUGAAGGGCUGUUGACUAGACAGCAUUAGUUUUAGUUUUUCAAGUAUACAUAGUUAAAUUGAAAACUUUUAGCCACAGUCCGCCCUCUUGCAGUGACUUGGAAGAGCCUUUUUCCAGUUGCUUUGACCAUCUCUUUGGUGAAAAUGAUCUUGUAUAGAAAGAAGAAUUCAAUAGGUGCUAUUCCUUAACAGUUGUAACUUUGUGAGCAAUUUGCAGGCCAGAGAAAACUGUGAGGAAUUCUUGAUGCAUUUAUGUCUAGGACUGUAUUCAUCUAACUGGCAACAUGAUUUCAUGAUUCAUGAUCACAACUUCACAAAAUUAGGUCAGAGUUUCUAUGCUUUAUGAUAGGAGUGACAGAAAGUUGACAGACUGAUCUUUCAGUAUGCAAAGAAUACUUUUACACAGAGCCUCGUACAGGCACGUCUUGUAUCUUCCAGAGUGCUCCCUGUCAUCCUGGCUUUUUGGAUUCAAUACAAAAUAAACAAAAAGUUGAAGGUGUUGCUGUUAACACAUACAGGGACUGUCUCCUAGACUAGAGCUGAUGCUGUCAAGAUUAAGACAGUUUGUUGUAAAUGUUACAAUAUAUGUCAUACAACAAAGUUGUUUUGUAUUUAAAGACAAUGUAAAUCCAAUACCAAUGAAAAAUACAUGUUUCUGCUUAGCUGGAACAUAAUGGAAAUCCUUCA